AUCGGUGGGGUUUCCUUUCCAGACUGGCCUCCUUUUACAGGCUGCUGACACCAGUGCUAUAUUAAAGUAACAUCACCCACAGCUGCACCUGACAAGUCACAGCACUGACACUCCUGAGAGCAGGGGGAAAUGCGCUGAAGUCUGGCCACACUUGCAAUUUGCAUCACUCGCAAAUGGGAACAUUUCUUUGCUGAGGCUCGGUGGAAUUCACAGCUUUUCUACUCUCUUCUAUCGAGUGUUAGACCUGCUUGCUGCUGGCUCUGUGGUUUGUAGAGUAGCUUGUACUCAGCACCCGCUGUGAUUGUCUGUUUCUGUUCAGAACUAGAGAGGUACCUCCAAAAAAACAAAUGCAAUGUGGAACUUGACAGAACAGCUGAGGUUUGUUUUUCUCGCAUAGUUAUAUUUUUUACCCUCUCACUGAAGGCAUCCAGCUUCCAGAGGACCAACUCCUCCCUAAAAGACACCUUCAAACACAGGCGGCUGGAUUUUUUUUUUUUUUUUUUUUUUAACCUUUACGAUUUUGUUUAUCUAGCAAAUGGAGUGACUCUUACCUGGGGCAGUUUAUGGGGCUCUUUUUGUGAUGCGGAUGGUCAUGGUCAAAUUUAGCUUAGAGCCCACCACCCACUGUGUUCCAUGAAGAGGUUUGGCAGCUUGAGGAGAAGCAAGAAACGGAAGGAGCAAGAUGGGCUAGGCGGGAGGCAUCAGUCCGAGGCGUCCUACCUGUCUGCCUCUGGACUCUCUACACCACCCCACACCCCAACCCAGGCAUCCAGCCAACCAGUGUUCACCCAGGAGGCCCAGCAGAGCGGCCCCAGCCCUGAACGCCCGGAGCAAAGCUCUCGCUCUCGUUCCCUUUCCACACCUCCGGACACAGGACAGCGCCUCAGCCUCCCUUCUGCUAAACCCCCAAUCCCUUCAUCGAGCCCCGUGCCACCUUAUUCUACCUCACAACAAGUCUACAGUUUAUUCGAAGGCAUGCUGGAGAAACUUGAUCUAGACGAUGAUGCUGCUGAACCCGAGAGUGAUAUUUACAUGCGCUUUAUGAAAUCCCACAAGUGCUAUGACAUCGUCCCCACAAGCUCCAAGUUGGUUGUGUUUGACACAGCACUCCAAGUUAAGAAAGCCUUUUUUGCCCUGGUAGCCAACGGUGUGCGGGCUGCUCCACUAUGGGACACAGAGAAGCAAAGCUUUGUGGGAAUGCUGACAAUCACAGAUUUCAUCAUCAUACUACACAGAUACUAUAAGUCACCGAUGGUGCAAAUUUAUGAACUAGAGGAACAUAAGCUCGAGACGUGGAGAGAGGUUUACCUUCAAGCAACAUUCAAACCUCUGGUGAACAUAUCACCAGAUGCAAGCCUAUUUGACGCCGUCUACACUCUCAUCAAAAACAAAAUUCACCGGCUGCCUGUCAUCGACCCCGUUACAGGGAAUGCACUUUAUAUUCUCACACACAAGAGGAUCCUCAAGUUCCUCCAGCUCUUUAUGUGUGAGAUGCCAAAGCCAGCUUUUAUGAAACAGACUCUUGGCGAGCUGGGCAUCGGAACAUACCACGACAUUGCUUUCAUCCACCCAGACACACCCAUCAUCAAAGCACUCAACAUCUUUGUGGAGCGGCGAGUGUCUGCUUUGCCUGUGGUGGAUGACUCCGGCAAAGUUGUGGAUAUUUACUCCAAGUUUGAUGUGAUUAACUUGGCUGCUGAGAAGACGUACAACAAUCUGGACAUUUCAGUGACCCAGGCUCUGAAACAUCGCUCUCAGUACUUCGAAGGAGUUAUGAAGUGCCAUAAAAUGGAAACGAUGGAGACCAUUGUGGACAGAAUAGUCAAAGCUGAAGUGCAUCGGUUGGUGGUGGUGGAUGAGCGCUCCAGUAUCGAGGGCAUCGUUUCCCUGUCAGACAUCCUUCAGGCGCUGGUGCUCAGUCCUGCAGAUACCUGUAAGGAGGAGAACGCGACUGAAUAAGAUGUGGAUGUAUCAGCUUAAGUGGAGAUGUGGUGGGAGUAAUUAAAUUGAAACAUUAAGGUAGGGAGUGUAAGGCUGAGUGGAGCCAGGCUGAAGGUCCCAGAUACCCCUGAAACCAAUGCACUAAUAAAGGCUUGGAACCCAAAGAGCUAGACUGCUGAGUGAAGUGGACUUCUGCACUGAAGAUUGGAUUUUCUUUUCUUUCUCUCCUGAAUUUCUUCUUUGUUUGUUUUGUUUUGUUUUUUAACACUGAUCAGAUAUGCAUAUGUUAAGGGUGUAGACACUGAUCAGCUGCAACAUUAGAACCACUGAUGGGCGGAGUAAAUAUUGAGUCCAGUGUGUUCUAAUUGUGUUUUGGGUUCUGACAUUUAUGAGGUACAUAACAUUCCUUGCUUGAUGAUUCUGCUAAAACAAGACUGAUUAGACUCUAAAUUAGAAGAAACGAGAAUAGGUCAUAGAAAAAGUGUUUGAACGUUUUUAAAAAUCUGAGUUUUCUGCAUGUUAUUGCAGAAAACUCGGGGGGAAAAAAGUGCCAAAGAUGCUCAUGAGUUGUGUACAGAUGCCUCAGAUUAGUGGAAAGGGGCUAUAGCCAUCCACCAACCACCUGAACCAGCCCAUCUCUGACACCCAAGGCAAAAAUUCUCAGGAACACUUCAGUAAACUGCUUCCAAACUUCCCAGAUCCCAAUCUAAUCAGUCAUCCCUGGGGAGCACAGGUAUGACCUGAUCCACCAGGGGUUUGCCCUCAUUGUAUGAUACCAGAUAGAACAGGACACCCAAGGGUCCUGUCUCCAUUCUCAAUACACUACAGCAGGUUUGGUGGUGUGACGGAGACCUGCCAACAGUAUUGGGACGGUGGUUCUUAUGUUGUGGCUGAUUCUUGUUAACACAGAUAAACUCCAUUACGGUCUCUUUCUGGGGAAAGUUUGGAAACGUCAACACGGGUUCUGGUGGGUUUGGGAUUCAGCGUUUCGGGUUGUGUAGUUACAAUCAUGCUGCUGUCAUCACAAGUUUAAGUCAUGUAGGAAGGCGAGCGUUAACUGGUAGCAAAACCACACGUCACCUGCAAUGUGGCCACUUGACGCCAUUGAUUGCCAGUGCCAAUACAGACCUACUCAAUGCCCAAUAUUUAUUUGUGCCUUUAUUUUCUUCUCUCCACAGAAAUGUAUGUUGUAAAAUGGGUGCAAUGAUGAGUAUGAAUGUGUAAUAUCGAAGCAGAGUGCAAAUUGUACCUGCUUCUUCAAAGGUGUGCAUUAACUUGGUUGGUUUGGGGGCGGCAUAAAUUUAAAACUGUGCCAGAAGCGUCAAGAAGUUCUGUUAAAUCUUAUUCUUGAAAGAAAAUCCUAAAUCAUGCUGGCGCUGUUACGCAGUGCUCAGAGGGAGGAUGCACGCUUCUGUCAGCCAGGAGUGCUUUAAGUCACGAGUGAUCAAUAAGAGUUAAGUAUGGGUUUUUAUAAUGGUAACACCUGGUUCGGGAAAAAGCCUUUUUUAAAUAUUUGAAAAGGCCCUUUUUCUCCCCUCCUUCCCAUUUAUUUUCAGUAGUUUUGAAUCUUCAAAUCAGUCUGGUUAUCUCAGC